AUGCCCGCGAGCGCGGGGCGAUCGUCGCGCGACGGUGACGCCGCGACCGAGCACGCGGCGCGCGUCAAGGCGCGGGCGGAGAAGAUCGCGGCGGAUGACACGGCGAGACGACGCGCCAAGGCGGAGGCGAAGCGGGCGAAGAUCGACGCGCUGGCGGCGCGACGCGAGCGCGAGGGGGCGUACGCGAGCGCGAGCGGGAGCGUGGUGCAUCAAUCCGUCGAGAAAUCACCGGUGAAGAGACGUGAAGCGGGGGCGGUGAACGGACGGAGCAAGGGGGGCGAGGGGCGCGGGACGGCGACGGCGCGCGCGGCGUGGGUGUCGACGAGCGACGAGAACGAUGGCGGUGAGAGCGCUCGGUCGUACGCGGAGGCGAUCGUGCGGAGGGUGAUCGAGACCGCGAGCGAGACGGAGACGGAAGAGGCGGUGCGCGCGUGCGUGGCGAAGGCGAUGGACGGAGUGAUCAAGGCGAACGCGGCGCCAGCCGUCGUCGGGUCCUCCAAGUUUGUCACGCCGGCGACGAAUCUCGUGAAGAGCUCCGCGUCGGCGGACUCUUCACAAUCGUCUGGUACACCCAAGCCAAAGACGGCGAUGGAGAUGAACCUCAGCGAGCGCUUGUCCGCCGCGCGCUCAAAGGCGACGGAGCUCGAGGCGGAGAUUGCCAAGAGCCCGCUUCGCUCACCGUUCAAGGACCGCAUGAAGGCUGGAGUGCGAGAGAGCCCGAUUCAGCGUCUUAAAGGCGCCGCGAGACGCAUGUACAAGCGUACCGCCCAUGAGGUGACCAGACGUGUCGAGAUUCUCAAGGAGAAGCACCCAAAGGCGACAGCCGGCGCCGUCCUCGGCCUGGCGGUGGUCGUCCUCCUCUCGCGAGGCAACCGCGACCCGGCGCGACCGAGGUCGAAGUAG